AUCACAACAUACUCUUAUCAACUUGCUUCUUUGUGAAUACAGUAUUUGCCACACAAAACACAAAAUCACAACAUACUCUUAUCAACUUGCUUCUUUGCGCUAGUUUGCUGCGUGACUGCUAGAAGCUGCUGUUGUUUAGACUUUUUUCCGGGUUCCCUCUUCCUCUGUUUCUUGCUGCUUGUACACGUGUAGAGGCGUGCUGCCCCCUGCAGGACUGGAGAUGCACUGUCUGUACGCAAACUGACACCAUUCUCCCAUAUGCACAUACAGGACAAUUUUGUUUGUACACGUAAAAACUUUACAAACGCUUUUUGUCCUGGGGAUUUUUCUGCUUUUGAAUCCGAGUCGCACUUGACCGUGUGAAGAAAUCACUAUGAGGUACGGGGUUACAACUUUAAGAGUGGGAUGUUCCUCACAGCAGUGAUAAGAAUGAGGAAACAGUAGCUGUGAAUGUAAGCGCAGCUCAAAGCUCACGAGUCUCUGGACACUACAGUCCGUGUCCGAGUUCAUCCGUUGACGACGAUCGCGGGUAACAUGAGUGGGGCGAUGCCAGCCUCCUUAACACCCAGCACCACGCCACAUGGCUAUGGUGAUGGGAACUCCGUUAACCCAGAGUAUAUUGCCUUUUUUUUGGUGCUUUUCUUCUUCCUGCUGGGGCUACUGGGUGUCCUUAUCUGCCACAUCCUGAAGAAGAAGGGGUACCGCUGUACAACUGAGGCAGAGGAAGAUGUUGAGCUGGAUAAAGAGGACGACGAAGAGGAGAACGAUCCAGAAAAAGGAGAUCUGAAUGACACCUUCAGUGAAGGCAACACUGACACAGUGGGCCGAAUUGUUCACUCCAUCAUGAUAAAUGAAGCCAACUCCGACGCACUCAAAGCCAUGGUUCAGGACAGUAUAGAAUCGGAGGGUCGUCCUGUGACGCCCACCUCUCCAAACACACCCGCCAGCCCAGAGAGCCCUGCACUGCCAGGGUUGCCACCCAGCGCAGCCAAACACACCUGCAACCACCUGCACACCAUCGGAGGGAUCGGAGGACAUAAGAACAUCUGCAACCGCUGCAACCAGAAAAAAUGGCCUCUGAUGAGACGCCCAUCCAGCAAAAAACUGGACAUACGCAGUUACGUAGGAGAGGUCACAGUGCUGUCUGUAGGCAGAUUCCGGGUGACAAAGUGUGACCCCAAAUCGGCCCGGGAUAGGCGGACAUUGUUGAUCACUGAGCCCAAUGGUAGUGUUCCCCCUUCACCUGCUAACGCUGACCCCCCUGAACGCAUCACAGGCCCAAAGUCACAGGAUAAAGGAGGCAGUGCAAAGUGACAUCUGUAGAGUUCCAGCAGCUUCUCGGGUGACAUUUUAAAAAGAUUUUAAUCGGGAAGUCACACUUCCAAAGAGGACUAAAGAGAGGGAGAACGCCUCAAACUGUGAUGAGAGAUGUGAUGAUGGAGGAGGAAAAGAGGAUGAUGGAUGCGAACCCUCCUUUCUGUCAUGUCAGUUGUGGAAAGGCAGCAGAAGCCAUUUUAUAUAAAUUAACCUGUCACCAUGCCAACCCACCUUUCUCAAACACCCUUGUGUCAUUAUCAGUGGCGGAUGGCGUCAUGUGUGACUAUGAGCGUGUCAAUGUUUAAUCCAAGCUGGCGUUGUGGUCGGAGAUCUUCGCCAUGUGCCUCUUUGGGCUACUUCCAGGAAGUGGGAAGUAUUGUUCAGGGUUUUUUUUUUUCUUUUUCCUUUUUUUCUUUUUCAUUGCAAGCUGUGAUAAACAGAAAAACAGAGCCAUGAAAUUUCUCACUGGUUACAAUCCAGACUAAACGUUUUUUUCUUAACCUGUUGCCAUCUUAAAUGGACUGGGCUUGAUCUCUUCACUAUAUACACCUUUUCACCUUUGUUUUUUUUAAAAUAAAUUAAAUUGUCUUUUGAUAACAUUUUUCUGUAAACCAGUGAAAUUGCAUAUUUAAUAGAUUAAUUUAUAAACCUAGCACACCUUACCCGACUGGAAGUUUGCCUGGUGAUGUCUGGUCUGGGACAGAGCACUGCGAUUCAAUUCACCAUUCUGCCGAACACUCAACAGUUUCGAAAUGUUAAACAUUCUUAGUUUCAUGAUUCUGUAUAGCUUGCAUGUGUCCACAGAGUUCAGAGGCUCUAUCAAGUCUGUAGCUCAUUUAGUGAUAUAAUGUCAAGCGUACACAAAUAGAUAAGACUAUAUCCUUCACUAUACUUCAUAUUAUUAUCUUUGAAAAAACAAAACAAUCUAUGGUACCACAAAAAAGGUAAACGUGUCUUUGCUUUAGUGCCAAGCAUAGGCAAAGAGGACCAAAAUAUAGGACUUUUAAUAAUCCUGAGUAUUUUAACCAAAACUCCAAUAAAUAUACAGACUUUUUAAAAUGUAUUUUGCCUUUAAUUAACAUUGUCAUUAUUGUGCCACUGAUUUCGUUUUGCCUUUUUUUUUUGCUCAAACACCGUACAGGUAGACUUCAAAAUAUCUAUAGGCUUUCUAGCUCAUUGCACAUGAGCUUGAAGUGCUGGAACGAAUAGUUUAAAUAAAUGUUGCUCAUAGACUUCCUGUUCAAAUUUUAGUUAAAGGUAUUCAUACUGAAAUGAUAUUAACCUUACUUAUCUUAAUGUGUCACUUCAAGUACUGUUGCUUCUGAAAUCGACAAGAAUUACAGAAACAUGAAGAUGUGUAAGAAGAAUUAUUUAAAGAAAAUGAGUGAGAAUGUGCUGUUAUAUUUUACUGAAGGUUUUGUACCCAGUAUUUAUACAUUAAAAGGUUAAACACA